AUAAAUAAAUAAAGGAAAAAGAAUUAGGGCAUUCGGUCUGCAAUGAACAGUUGACACAAACGGUCAAUGAGUGUGGCAGAGUGAGAGUAGGAAUGAACCUUGCGACAAGAAUUACAGACUUACUUCCACUACGCAAUCCCUUCUCUCCCUUUCUCAGAGGUGUGCCCAAGAUUGGGUUUGUGCCUUUCUCGUGCAGUUGUACGAGAUUGAGUGGUAGUUUUCCGAUGCAAAUGGCUCAGAGUUUUGACAACAAUGAUACGGGUUUUGUUGAGAAUAAGUUUGCAUUGGUUCGUCCGGCCUCUGAAGCUUAUGCUCAAGAGGCUUUUGAAGCUCUCAGAACCGGCAAGGUCAUUGCUGUGCCCACCGACACACUCUAUGGAUUCGCCUGUGAUGCUUGUUCUUUGGAAGCAGUUAACAGGAUUUAUGAGAUUAAAGGACGUAAACAUACAAGUCCUCUAGCAAUAUGUGUUGGGGAUGUUUCAGACAUAAAACGCUAUGCUGUCACAGAACAUUUGCCACAGGGCUUGCUUGAGUCUCUCCUUCCAGGACCUGUUACUGUUGUACUAAAGCGAGGGGAAUCGAGUAUUCUUGAGAAAUCUUUGAACCCAGGAUUGGAUAGUAUAGGGGUUCGAGUGCCUGACUAUAACUUCAUCAGGGUCAUUGCCCGUGGAUCUGGGAGUGCAUUGGCCCUUACUAGUGCAAACUUAAGUGGGCAGCCGAGUAGUGUUUGCAUCAAAGAUUUUGAGAACCUUUGGGAACACUGUGCAUAUGUUUAUGACGGUGGUGAGCUUCCUUCAGGUCGAGCAGGCUCAACAGUUGUGGACCUCACCAGUUUAGGGAAGUACAAGAUUCUUAGACCUGGAAGUGCAAAGGAAGAAACUGUAACAAUCCUUGAAACGCAUUCUCUAGUGGAAGACACGGCAACAACUUGAUAUUUAACACGUGAAGCUUUUCUUUGUUAUGUAUAUUUAAGAUUUCAAUGGCACAUGCCGGUAAAAGUAGAGCUGUUAUUCUGCAAGAAUCUUGUCUCAUCCUCCAGCCUGUCGAAGAUGAUAUAAUUUUAUCAUAAAAUAAUAGCACGGUCUAAUGGCAUAAGCACUGUUA